AUGUGUGUGUAUGAUCUGGAAGAGGAGGUGGGUCGUGUGCUGACCACCAUCAACCCGCAAUGGGUGGCUGACGAGGUGGCCUACCACUACGGGCGUGGCAUGUUCGUGCUCAAGCCCAAGCCCAGCUAUGGGAAAGCCUACCCGCUCUACGUGUUCCAAGGAACUGCUAUACGGAAGGACUCCGAUGAAGCUAAGGCACAAAUUGCUGCUGGUUAUGGAAUGGUAAGCUUCGACGACGCUGGUCCCAAGAAGGCUAAGGUGAAGAAGUCAGCGGCUGAGGAAGAAGAAGAAGAAGAACCGGAGCCUGAGCCAGCUGCGCCUGCAGAGGAGGCGAAACCUGAAGAGGACGUGGUCGCGGAAGAGGAGAAGCCAGCAGAGACAGGCGAAGAGCCGGCGCCCACUGAUGCCCAGCCAGAGGAAGUCGAGGGUGAAGGCGGGGACGCUCCGGAAGAAGCUGAAGCCGAAGAGAAAGAAGAAGCAGGUGACGCUGGUAAAGAAGAAGUGAUUGAAAUUAAACCUCGUGUAAAGAAACUGGCCAAUCAAUUCAAUUUCUGCGAAAGAGCAGCUUUAACUUAUAACUUUCCAAGAAGAUCCGUCGAUACGCAAACUAUACCUCCUCCGAGAGCAAACUACGGCUCUACUGCUCUCCAGUGCGUGAUAUUCGACUAUUACCAAGAGGACUACGCGAGGAAGAUGAAAGAAAAGGAAGAUGAGAAACCUAAAAGGAUGAAGAAGAAAACAACAAAACACGCUAAGUCAGCGCAACAGAUUCAUGAUGAACAACUGGCUCAGAGGAUUCGAGAAGCUUGGGCUAUCCUCGAAAGACUUGUCAACCAGAACAUUUAUGAUGAUAUUGCUCAAGACUACCGCUACUGGGAUGAUCCUUCAGACGAGUUCAGGGAGGGCAUGGGGUCGUUGCUGCCGCUGUGGAAAUUCCAGUUCGAGCCGAUGCGAAGCCAUGCCGUCUGCGACCUGCAGUGGAAUCCGCAUUAUCAAGACCUGUUUGCUGUAGCUUACGGUUCAUUGGACUUCACAAACCAGCAAAAGGAGGGUUGCCUGUGCCUGUACAGCAUCAAGAACCCUGCGUACCCUGAAUACGCCGUCAUCACAGAGUCGCCCAUCAUCUGCCUUGACGUUUAUAAGGAGACGCCGUACCUUGUUUGUGUUGGACGGUAUGACGGCAACGUGUGCGUUUAUAACGCUCAGCUCACGCUGGAGUCUUCCUACCAGUACAAGUCCGACUCGGUGCGGGAUAAGCACAGCAAUAUUGUAUGGGAGGUUCGCUGGGGAGCCCGAAUGAUAGACGGCGAAGCGUCUUUCUUCUCGAUCUCUGGUGACGGGCGCGUGGUGCAGUGGGCGGUGAUGCCCGGCGAACUACAGGCCACCACCAUCAUCACACUGACGUCCAGCGUGCCGCCCAUACCCGGCCCUGAUGGCACCAUGGUCACUGUCAACAGUUGCGGCAGCUGCCUCUGCUUCCACCCGGAGAAGGCGGAGAUCUUCAUGGUGGGCACAGAGGACGGCAUGAUCCACACGUGCUCGCUCAAGUACAACCGCAACUACGUGUCCUCGGUGCAGGGACACCACAUGCCCGUGUAUAGGAUCAGCUACAACUACUUCAAUAAUAGCAUUUACGCGUCGUGCGCGGGCGACUGGCGCGUCAAGAUAUGGGAAGAUGGCCGCGAUGAGCCACUGUUUAUGUUCGAGCUGGGCUCACCGGUGGGCGAUGUAAAGUGGGCGCCAUAUUCCAGCACCGUGUUCGCAGCUUGCACUGCUGAUGGGAAGGUGUACGUAUACGAUUUGAACGUGAACAAGUAUCGGCCGAUAUGCUCGCAAGCGGUAGUCUCGAAGAAGACGAAGAAACUCACCAGGAUCGACUUCAACGCACGACUGCCCGUCAUAGUGUGCGGAGAUACUAAGGGUACAUGUCACGUAUUGAAACUGUCGCCUAAUCUACGAGUCAUGUGCAAACCACCAAAGAAAGCCCAAGGAGUCGACCAAAGAACACUUCAGAUCAUGAAACUUGACAAACUUCUCAGUCUAGUUCGGGACCCUCCGUUCACUCCGGGCGUAGUCGACGAGAAAUUUGACGACGAUUAAUUUAUUUUAAUUUAUUUAUUAUACUGCUUACAAUAUAAUUAAAAUAAAACACAUUUUAU